AAAAAAAAUACAUCAGAGUAAUUGAGGGUUUUUGAUUUCAAUCUUGCUCGGCGAUGGAACGAACAAGCAAUGGAGGAAUGCUUUACCACGAGGUGCAGGAAGCUAGUCUAUGCGCCGUACACUGCGUCAACACCGUCCUGCAAGGACCUUUCUUCUCCGAAUUCGACUUGGCAGCCGUCGCAUCCGAUCUCGACGGGAAGGAGCGUCAGGUCAUGCUCGAAGGCACCGCCACCGGAAACUUCGCCGCCGGCGAUUUCUUCUCCGAGGAGUCUCAUAAUGUUUCCCUCGGCGGAGAUUUCAGUAUCCAGGUCUUGCAAAAGGCUUUGGAAGUGUGGGAUCUACAAGUGAUACCACUCAAUUGUCCCGAUGCAGAGCCUGCACAGAUAGACCCCGAGCUUGAAAACUCCUUCAUUUGCCACUUACAUGACCAUUGGUUUUGCAUAAAGAAAGUGAGCGGCGAAUGGUAUAACUUCGACAGCCUCCUCGCUGCACCGCAACACCUGUCAAAAUUCUACCUUUCAGCGUUUCUCGACUCUCUGAAAGGCUCGGGAUGGAGCAUCUUCAUAGUGAAAGGAAACUUCCCGCAGGAAUGUCCCAUGUCGUCUUGUUCGGAAGCUUCCAACGCUUUUGGACAGUGGCUUUCUCCUGAAGACGCAGAGAGGAUACUAAAGGAGACUAGCUCAACACAGAGUUCUUCUUCGGCUGUUAACAACAGUAGUAGUGAGAAUGUUGAUCAGCAAAGACCGUAUCAGGCGUUGUCGAGUGAGGAAGUGCGGACUUUCUCAGAGAUGGAAGAUGAUGCUUUGAAGGCAGCGAUUGCAGCGAGUUUGUUAGAUGCUUCUGCGGCUGGUGCCAAUCUUGGAGAUGUUGGGAUUACUUCUCAAAGAGAGGAAACUGAGAAACAAAAGUAGCAGAGAAGAUAGAGCGUUAUUGAUUGAUGAGGGUGGCGGAACAUUCACUCUUUUCUUUUGUUUUCAACAAGCUUUACAUACAGAACAUACAAGUUUUACAUAGACAGAAACCAGAGAAUAAACGGGUUGUGCAUUGUGUAUUGUUUGAUUUUUCUUUUUGGUAAAUCAAACCAUGUUUACUUGAUGGUGAUGACCCAACUUUAGUUUCAAUCACUUUUUUCAUUCUUCUUGUGUGAUUCAUCCGGUUCUUUCGUUUUUGAUGAUCUGUUUCUGAUAUUCAGAGUACAUAUCUUGGUAAGUGGUAACAUUUGAGAUCUGAGGUUGCUGAUCUUUCUUCUCAAUUGUGUUCUUCUUUGGAAAAUUAUUCAACAGAGAGAGGACUGUACAUGAGAUUCUGGGAGGUGGUGUUGGUAAGUGAAUCCAUUAUCAUUACCAUACCCCCAUUAUAGAAGCUAAG